AUCUGGAAGACGCUUCUCUCCUUUGUUCAGCCGUCACCAGCUUGACCUCUGGACUGGUCUUCAGCACCAUGGACAGCGCCUUGGACAGCCUGGACGCUGCAGCUUUCUUACAGAUCUGGCAACAUUUUGAUGUAGAUGAUAACGGGUUCAUCGAGGGAAAGGAGCUGGACGCCUUCUUUCAACACAUGCUGGGAAAAUGUGGGAUGAAGAGGGACGAGAUAACCGAGGACAAAAUCAGACGACUGAGAGACAGACUCAUGUCUGCUCAUGACUCCACAGCUGACGGACGUCUGCAGAUACGAGAGCUGGCCACCGUGAUGCUGCCUGAGGAGGAGAACUUCCUGCUUCUGUUUCGCAGAGAGACGCCAUUGGACAACAGCGUGGAGUUCAUGAGGAUCUGGAGGAACUACGACACCGACAGCAGCGGCUACAUCUCAGCGAUCGAGCUCAAGGGCUUCCUUCAGGACCUCUUCCUCCAGCACAGGAAGUCCAUCACCCCUGACAAACUGGAGGAGUACACGGACACCAUGAUGAAGGUGUUUGACAGAAAUAAGGACGGCAGACUGGACUUGAAUGACCUGGCCAGAAUCUUGGCCCUGAAAGAGAACUUCCUGCUGAAGUUUAAGAUGGACGCCUGCAGUCAAGAGGACAGGAGGAGAGACUUUGAGAAGAUCUUUGCUCACUAUGACGUUAGUAAAACAGGUGCGUUGGAGGGCCCUGAAGUGGAUGGAUUUGUAAAGGACAUGAUGGAGCUGGUGAAGCCCAGCAUCAGUGGCGCAGACCUGGACAAGUUCAGAAAAGCCCUGAUGGGUCACUGCGACAUCAACGGAGACGGAAAGAUCCAGAAGAACGAGCUGGCUCUCUGCCUCGGCCUCAAGCUCAGCUAACGGACCCUCACAACAUCACUCCUCCUCUUCCUCCUCAUUCAAACGCCUCUUUUCUUUCUCUUUUUAAACUUUAACGUUCCUCUUUUACUCGUUCCUCCCACGUAUUCCUUCUCCCGCACUCAUUUCUAGCUUCCAGUUUGGUGUUGACUAAUUGAUGUAUCCACAUAUUUUAUGCUUGUUAGCAUGAGCGCAG